AUGUGGGAGAAAGCAGAGCAGCAGGGGACGGGCCUGCCUACGUCGAGCAAAGACAGGACCGGCAUCAUCGGCCGUCGUACUGCGCCGCCGGCCGGCGUUCUCGACCAUCAGACCGGAGCCGCGCUCGAGUCCGAUACGGAUGCAAGCACAGAUGACAACCAUCAGUUCUGGCAACCGCUCGCAACGCCCGACCCUCGUCGAGCCUCGUCACACUCGUCAGCGCUCCACCCGGUGCGGUCUCGUAAUGGCCACAGCUGUGCCGAGCUGGAUCGCGAGCCUGGUGCCGACGCAGCCCUCCCCUCAAACCAGGCCGACGCUGAGAAGGACCCAUUCGAGGUUUCGUGGGACAGUGACGACGAUCCUUUAUGUCCGCGGAGCAUGCCUCUUGCUCGCAAGUGGUUAAUAGUCAUCAUCGUCGGCAUGGGAAGCCUCUGCGUGACCUGCGCCAGCUCUAUCUACACGUCAACGUACCACCAAAUGAACCCCGAGUUCGGCAUCUCAGACAUCGUCGGCACCCUCGGCCUGUCAACUUUCGUCCUUGGGAUUGCUCUCGGCCCGUUGCUGAUGAGCCCUCUGAGCGAGUUCUACGGCCGGCGGCCUAUCUAUCUCGCCUCCUGGGCCAUGUUUGUCAUCUGGUUGAUUCCUGUGAGUGUAUAUCCCUUUUCAGCCCUGCAGAGCCACAGAAGCGCCGUCGCGCACAACGCGGCAACCAUGUUGGUGGUACGGUUUAUCGACGGCUUCGCUGGGAGCGCAUUUCUUAGCGUCGUAGGGGGCACUGUCAGUGAUGUCUUCAAGCGUGACGAGAUCCAGGGACCAAUGGCGAUAAUCUCGCUAAGUCCCUUCGUAGGUCCAAGCCUGGGUCCGUUGAUCGGCGGCUUCAUCAACUACUACGCGAAUUGGAGAUGGACUUACUAUCUUGAUGUGUACACCAAUGACACCAUCUUUGCUGUCUCGCCUCUGUCGCUGUACGUGUGGAAACCGCUAAUGUCGUAUUCUGGAAAGGUUCUCAUUAUCUGGGCCUUCUGUUUGUUGGUGAUGAUCAUUCUCUUUGCGCCAGAGACAUACCAUCCCAUCAAGCUUCGCCACAAAGCUAGACUGUUAAGACAGGAGACCGGCGAGCCUCGGUGGAAAUCACCAAUGGAAAAGUCAACCAAGUCUGUCGCGAGGACGAUUGGAUACUCUCUUCUGCGACCGUUCCAGCUGCUGACGCGCGAGCCCAUGUGCCUUAUGCUGUGCCUCUUUUCGGCCAUCUUACUUGGUGUCAUAUACCUCUUUUUCGGGGCGUUCGCGCUGGUCUUCGGCAACAACUACGGCUUCAACCUCUGGCAGACUGGUUUGAGUUUUCUCGGCAUCUUCACGGGCAUGCUCGCGUGCUCUGCCAGCGACCCGCUCUGGCGCCGCUUCUACAGGAGAUUGGUCGAAAAGAACGACGGCAUACCUGAGCCCGAGUUCCGUCUACCACCUGCUAUUGCUGGCGCUCUGUUUGUCCCUGUUGGCCUCUUUUGGUUCGCAUGGACUACGCUGCCCUCUGUACACUGGAUAGUACCCAUCAUUGGUUCUGGCAUCUUCGGCUGUGGCACACUCUUGGUCUUCACUGGCAUAUUCACUUUCCUUGUUGAUGCGUAUCCACAAUAUGCUGCUUCAGCACUAGCAGCCAACAGUUUCACCAGAUGCACCUUUGCUGCAGCAUUCCCGCUGUUUGGAAUUCAGAUGUACAACAGGUUGGGGUACCAGUGGGCGUCAAGCUUGCUUGCGUUCCUAACAAUGGCUAUGUUGCCGUUUCCGUACAUUUUCUUCCGGUAUGGGAAACAGAUUCGAAGACAUAGCAAAUACGCCACCUCUUAA